AUGUCUCAGUUUGAAACUCUCAAAGAAGAUGAAGAUUUUGUUGAUGUGACUUUGUCUUGUUAUGGACAAAGCAUAAAAGCUCACAAAGUUGUUUUAUCCGCUUGUAGUCCUUAUCUUAAGAGUAUAUUUAAGGAACAUCCAUGCAAGCAUCCAGUAAUCAUCCUAGAUAAUUUAUCAUACAAAAAUCUUGAAGCUGUGAUACAAUUUGUUUACACAGGGCAAGUUUAUGUUGAACAAACUGAUUUGCCAUCAUUUUUAAAAGCAGCAGAAGCCCUACAAAUAAGGGGAUUGUCAAAUUUAACCAAUUCAACUGAGAAUUUCAUAGAGGUAAUCAUUUUAUGUCAUAUUGAUUUUGCAAUUUAG